AAACAGAAGGUCGACAACGAGCCCUCUCUUGUCGGCCGGUGUCGUGUAGCUUUGGUGUAAUAUUGAGCCGGGUUUUUCUGGAGUUAUUUCUUUGUAAAUACUGUUAUUUGUAUAUACUGUAAAUGAUGACGUCCAUGGGCGGGAACCGAGCCCGGGGCAGCUGGGAGCAGACACAAGGCCAGACACAGAGCCAGACACAGCACAAGCAGAGGCCUCAGGCCACCGCAGAGCAGAUCAGACUCGCGCAAAUGAUUUCAGACCACAACGAUGCAGACUUUGAAGAAAAAGUUAAACAGCUGAUCGACAUCACAGGAAAGGACCAGGAUGAGUCGAUGAUCGCGCUGCAUGAUUGCAACGGAGAUGUCAACAGAGCCAUUAAUGUGCUGCUGGAGGGUAGCCCUGACACUGACUCCUGGGAAAUGGUGGGUAAGAAGAAAGGAGUGUCAGGUCAAAAGGAAAUCAGCCAGGCAGAAACCGGAGAGGAAGGAAAAGAGAACAGAGAGAAAGGAGGGGAUAAAGAUGCAGCACGUCGUCGAGGUGGACCACCACGCAAGGGCCGUGGAGCAAGCAGGGGGCGAGAGUUCCGUGGUCAGGAGAACGGCUUGGAUGGAGGAAAAGCUGGAGUGGCUGGAAGAGGGGCAGAGCGAGGUAGAAGGGGUCGAGGCAGGGGACGGGGAACUGUCGGAGUAUCUGGACGGCGAGGAGGCAGGUUUUCUGCACAGGGCAUGGGAACUUUCAACCCUGCUGACUAUGCAGAACCAGCCCAAACAGAAGACAACUAUGGAGGGGGCAGCACCUGGAACAACACGGGAAACGUGGAGUUAGAGGAGGGAGCAAGGUUGGAGUACUCUGCAGGAGAGGGAACAAAUUACCCACCCAAGUUUGAGUCUGCUCCUGGUGCCUGGAGGUCUGCCCCAGAGGAGUGGGGUACMGAGGACUGGAAUGAAGAUCUAUCAGAGACCAAAAUUUUCACAGCCUCCAGUGUGGCAUCAAUGCCUCUGCCACAAGAGAAUGUUACAAUCACCAAAGGACAGAGGAUUGACCUUGCGGUGCUGCUGGGAAAGACUCCUCCCUCUUCCUCCUCCGAGACAGAAAACACCCCCAUGGAGGCUGCCCAGCCGCCUUCUCUGUCUCAGUCUCUGGUUUUUAGCAACUCYAAGCAAGGAGUGCCACUCUCCCAAACACCCUCCAACCCUCCUUAUUCUCAGCACAGCAUGGCCAGCAUGCUGAGCAAGGGAUUUGGAGAAGUUGGAGAACCCAAAGGGGCUAGCACAGGGACCACCGGCUCCCAGUUCCUGGAGCAGUAUAAAACAGCCCAGGCACUGGCUCAGCUUGCUGCACAGCACUCCCAGACUGGACCUCCCAGUACAGCUCCUUCGUCCUGGGACACCAGUGCCUCCUCACUGGGACAAUAUGAUAUGAAGACUCAGUCCGAGUCUGGGAUCCACACACCCUUUACAAAGCGACAGCCCUACCAGGCUGCCUCCUCAACCUCGUCCAUGUUGGAUGUUUUCCUGCAGGACAAAGGGCUGCCUCCUUCCUCCUCCGUCUCCUCGUCGUCCUCCUUACCGCCACAGACGACCUCAUCGCCCCACGCGGUGCCGCCGCCUGCGUCCUCCCUCCCCAAAAUGGCAGCUGUACCUUCUCUAGGUCAGCAGGUCUCCCCAAGUUCCUCAGAUAACCAGGGUUCAAGUCCACUGCCUCUGCAGCAACACAAACUCAAACAGCAAAAGAAGAGGACCUCCAUCACAACAAAGAUUCCAGCCAUGGCAGUGGAGAUGCCUGGAUCGACAGACAUCUCAGGCCUCAAUCUUCAGUUUGGAGCGCUGCAGUUUGGGUCAGAACCUGUUCUACAAGAGUACGAGUCCACCCCUGCCACGACGACACCUGGUAACCAAGUUCAGAACAGCCUGUACACGAGUCCCAGCAGUGAGUCAACGCCAGUCCUUUCCAAUUCAAGCCAAAUGGAGAUGUAUGAUCAGAGAGCACCUCAAACACGUCGUUACCCUCCUUCAGUCUCCUCCUCUCCUCAGAAGGAUAUGCAGUCCAAGAAUGGUUACAGUUCAAUACAAGCAGCUCAGUCUGUGGAAGCAGUUUCUGCAGUAUCAGUAAAGUCGGCUUCUGAUUUGGUCACGCCAUCCUCCGUCUCCAGCUUGGGYACCCUGGCAGACAGCGGUUCGGGUCCUGCCUCGUUACUGACCACGACCAAUCAGACCACCCUGAGCGCCCUGGGGGACAACGAAGACCUGCCCCCAAGCUCCAUCCCCCCUCCACAGCACAACAACUCACAUCCAUCACAACAGAACAACCUUGCUCCAUCUUCAGUUCGGACUUCAAACUCAAGCUUAUUGCAUCCCAACGUAGACGGUGACUUGAGUCUGCAUUCCUCCUUCCCUUCCUCUGUCUCGGCCGUGCCUCCUUCACCAGUACAAUCCUCCUCUUCCAUGGCAGCUGCACAGGUGUCACUGGGGGCUCCUCAGGCUCCCUCGGUGGGCCCUGCUACAGUCUCGACACCCUCUGGCCAAGGCCCAGUCAGCAGCCUGACCAUGGGCCUCAACGCUCCCUCGAUGGGUGCCCCGUCAGYGGUCCCUGCCGCAGUGUCCAUCUCUACAGCACCCUCGACCAUCCCCUCUUCAGCGACGUCUUCUUCCACACGCAGCUCUGCAGCAUCCUCAGGGAAAGCUCCUCCAAACCUGCCACCUGGAGUGCCCCCUCUACUGCCCAACCCWUACAUUAUGGCUCCUGGACUACUGCACGCCUACCCACCUCAGGUGUAYGGCUACGAUGACCUACAGAUGCUGCAGACGAGAUUUCCUUUGGUGACUUGUCAAAGUUCGGUCGAGGUGACGCGUCAUCCCCGGCUCCGGCCACCACAUUAGCUCAGACUCAACAGAAUCAGACCCAGACCCACCACACCACACAGCAGCCCUUCCUCAACCCCGCGCUGCCGCCUGGCUACAGCUACACAAGCCUUCCUUAUUACACUGGCAUGCCAGGCCUGCCCAACACCUUCCAGUACGGACCUGCUGUGUUUCCGGUGGCUCCUACCUCUUCGAAACAGCACGGUGUGAAUGUUGGCGUCAACGCAUCAGCCACGCCCUUCCAGCAGGCCAGUGGUUACAGUUCCCACGGAUACGGCACUGGCUAUGAGGAUGUGGGCCAGGCUUCAGGGAGUGGGGAUUUCUGUAAGGGCGGAUACGGCACUGCCGUGGCCGCUGCCGCUUCUGCACAAAACAAGCCAACCAGCUCCGUCACCGGGCCUGGAGUCGGAGUUUCUGUGACAUCAAGCAACACGGGAGUUCCAGAUAUUUCAGGUUCUGUUUACACAAAGACACAGUCAUUUGAAAAGCAGGGUUUCCACGCUGCGACCCCAGCAGCUUCGUUCAGCCUGCCCUCGGCGCUGGGGAGCGGGGGGCCCAUCAACCCUCCGGCUGCAGCUGGCUACGCCCCGGCYCCCUUCAUGCACAUUCUGGCUCCGCACCAACAGCCCCACUCCCAGAUUCUGCACCACCACCUGCAGCAGGACGGACAGAGCGGUACCGGACAGCGCAGCCAGAACGCCUCCAUUCAGCAGAAAUCUCAGAUCAACAAGUCGGCGUACAACAGCUACAACUGGGGGGCCAACUAACGUCCGCCGACCGGAGUCCCUCCCACUUCGACAGGCUGAGAAAUGGAGUGGGGCUCAUCAUUCCUCCUGCGAACAGUCCCCUCAUAGCAGCUCCCUCCUCCUCCUCCUCCUGCAGAGAUUUCCCUCUCCCCAGUCUUUUGGCCCAGCACUCCCACCGCCCAGAGGAGGAGCUGAGCCAAGAGAACGAGCGCCAUCGGGGCAGGUGGGAGGGGCUUAGAAAUGAGAUUGGAUCUAAAAGGUUAGAAAAAUCCAGAGAUGAAAUAUCGAGUGUUGGGAAUUCAAAAUUGUGAUAAUACCACCCCUAUCACCCUCCCUUUUUUUUUUACUUACAUGUAACAUAGAACUGUUUUCUAAAAGAAUGAACAUUUUUCUUUAUUUUAUCUUUUUUUUUCUUUACAUUUUUCUGGCUGAAGGGAAAGAAUGAAGUAAUAUCUGAUCGUGUGAGUGGGAAGGGGGGCAGGGUGGUUUGAGUUUCUCAUCUUCACCUGUUCUUGUUAAUAUUCAUAAAAACUCUUUCCUCCUUCACAAAAUAUCCAAAAACAGAAAACUGCUUUCGAAUGUGUUUUUUUUUUUUUUUUUUUUUUUUUAAGUUUGAAGAAACAAUUCUCUGAAUUGGAAGAGUUGUGAAGUUUAUUUUUUACCAGAUAUAAAUAUAUUAUAUAUAAAGACAUAUUAAGCGAAGCUCACUGGCUUGGGGACUGUGAGGAAAGUGUGUUUGUCAUGUGACUGCGUGCAUGUUUGUUCACACGGGGCCGCGGUGGUUUCUGUGCUUUGUUUUUUUUUUCUUCUUCUUUCUUUUUUCUUUGAUUGUUUUCAGCACUCAGCGUUUUGUACAGUUAUUGUUCCCAUGAAUUAGAAAUGUUGAGUAAGGUCCCUUUUUCUUUUGAAAGAAUGAUUUCCAAGCCCCCCCCCAACACACACACACACAAUCUGCCUUUUAGUGUUUUAUUUUGUAUUUAAGCCUCCUCCCUGCUUCACCACCUGUCCCCUGACGUAAAGAAAUCCGCAGCAUUGAGUACCGAUGGACAGAAUUGUACUAUCGUUUUCUUUUUGUCAGUGGUUUAUUUUAUUAUUUUCUUUUUGUACUGUGCGUUUUAAAGAUUUAAAUGGAUAUGUACAUAUAUAAAAAAACAAGUACUGUAGUCCCUGUUUGUCAAUGGCUUUCUCUUUUUUUUCCUUUUCAAAUCCUUGCAGACUUGUUAGCUUUUUUUUGUUUCAUUUUUUUAUUUUGUAAAAAUAUAUAAAUAUUAAGUAAAUAAGAAAAAGGCAUUUUCAUCAUUUUUGGAUGUUAAUGUCUUUUAAUAAACAGUUUCUUGUGGCUUGUGA